AAGACGACCAAUUCUCGCGGUAUCUCCCGGGUUCCGGACUCCUUAGCGCGAAGCGGAACCUUUCUGCAGCUCAGCCUCCGCGGACGCCGCCGUUUGGACGGAAGCUCCCGCGGGGUGACCCUCAUCCGGCCGCUGCUUCGCGGAAGAUGGCGGGGCCCGAGCCGCCGCUGCCGCGAGGAGGCCCAGGCUCCGCUUCGCUCUCCCCGCCCCGGGGAGACCGCACCCUCCUCGUCAGGCACCUGCCGGCCGAGCUGACGGCCGAGGAGAAGGAGGACUUGCUGAAGUACUUCGGGGCGCAGUCGGUGCGCGUCCUGUCCGACAAGGGCCGUCUGAAACAUACAGCAUUUGCUACUUUCCCUAAUGAAAAAGCAGCAGUAAAGGCAUUGACAAGACUCCAUCAGCUGAAACUUCUAGGUCAUACUUUAGUUGUUGAAUUUGCAAAAGAGCAAGAUCGAGUUCAUUCCCCCUGUCCCACUUCAAAUACAGAGAAAAAGAAAAGGUCAGAUGACAUUAUGGAAGAUGAUAAAGAGAAGAAAGAACCUGACUUUUUAACAAUAGAAAAUGGAAUUGCACCAAAUCAUGGGCUGACUUUUCCUCUGAAUUCAUGCCUCAAAUAUAUGUACCCACCACCUUCAAGCACAAUCCUUGCAAAUAUAGUAAAUGCUUUGGCAAGUGUGCCCAAAUUCUAUGUACAGGUGCUUCAUCUUAUGAAUAAAAUGAAUUUGCCCACACCAUUUGGACCUAUUACUGCACGACCCCCUAUGUAUGAGGACUAUAUGCCAUUGCAUGCACCCCUUCCACCUACAUCGCCUCAACCACCUGAGGAACCUCCCUUGCCAGACGAGGAUGAGGAUUUAUCUAGUAAAGAAUCAGAAUAUGAAAGCAGUGAUGAGGAGGACCGGCAGAGAAUGAACAAACUAAUGGAGCUAGCAAAUCUUCAGCCCAAAAGACCCAAAGCCACAAAGCCACGCCAAGUGAGAAAAAAGCGAAAAUUAAAGGACAUGUUGAAUAUACCUUCAUCAACUUCACAUAGUUUGCAUCCUGUGCUGUUACCAUCAGAUGUAUUUGACCAACCACAAUCUGUAGGUAAUAAAAAAAUUGAAUUUAAUAUAUCUAACAACAUGCCAGCGGCAUUUAAGAAAGAUUUGGAGAAGGAGCAGAAUAAUGAGGAAAAGAAAUCUGAUUCACCAGACACUGAACUUGAUGACUCAAAUACAGGAUUUGGAAAAAUCUUCCCCAAACCUAAUUUGAACAUCACAGAAGAGGUUAAAGACGAUUCUGAUGAAAUGCCUUCAGAAUGUAUUUCUCGAAAGGAGUUGGAAAAGGGCCGAAUUUCUAGAGAAGAAAUGGAAACCCUUUCAGUUUUCAGAAGUUACGAACCUGGUGAACCAAACUGCCGAAUUUAUGUAAAGAAUUUAGCUAGACAAGUUCAAGAAAAGGACCUUAAAUUUAUCUUUGGAAGAUACGUUGACUUUUCUUCAGAAACACAGCGGAUAAUGUUUGAUAUUCGCUUGAUGAAAGAAGGACGCAUGAAAGGACAAGCUUUUAUUGGACUUCCAAAUGAAAAAGCCGCAGCUAAAGCCUUAAAAGAAGCUAAUGGCUAUGUUCUUUUUGGAAAACCCAUGGUGGUUCAGUUUGCUCGAUCUGCUAGACCAAAACAAGAUUCUAAAGAAGGAAAACGAAAAUGAUAGGAAUGGAUAAAGAAGCAUUCCUGCGUAAAUACUGCUGUAAUACUGUCAUACAAGUGUAUCCUUUCUUGUUGUAUCCUUUUUGGGGCAGUGGUUUUGUUUCAUUUUGUUUUCUAGAAAUGCUUUGUCUACCAUCUAUCUAGAGUAAGCAAUACUUUUUAUAAUCAAAUGAAAUAUUUCUCAAAUUAGUUUUGUAGCUUGAACAAAUAUUUUACAUGUAUUUUAGAUUGACUGUUUAAUUUUCUACAUUAUCAUAUAAUCAAGGAGUUUGUUCAAGGAAAGUUAGUGAAUCAGGUCCCUUACUGUAUACAUAUGCUUUACUACAGAAUCUGGUAAUAUUUCUUCUAUAUGUGAAUUUCCUCAGUCUACUUCAGGAACAUGCUUUCUGUUUCAUGGUAUAUCCCAUUUAGGUGUUGUUCUAAUUUCAUUUUGUUGCUAUGACAAAUACGCUGACAAAAAACAACUUAGGGAUGAAGGCAUUUAUUUGUGUCAUAAUUCCAAGUUAUAGCUCAUUGUUGUGGGGAAGGCACGGCAUGAACUUAAAGUAUAAUAUCCACAGUCGAUCAGAAAGAGAAUAAACCCAUAGAUCCGUUCUUGAUUAGUCCUCUCAGGGUCCCCUUUCCUAAGGAACAGUGCUACCCAAAAUUGGCUGAGUCUUAACAUCUAUCAAGACCACGUUAUGCCCUCAGGCCAACAUAGCCUAGAUAGUAUUUAUUAUGACUGUCUUCCCAGGUUAUUCGGUGUUGUGUCAAGUUGACAGUUAAAACUAUCUAGCACAGUUCUAAAUAAUAUGUUCUAAAAUUUGACUGGGAAAGGAUAUUUUUUCUUUAGUAAUAAAUAUAUUGAAAACUAAUAAGAUUUCUACAAAAUUCUCAACAGUAGAGUAACAUAUCACAUUGAAAGUCUAACUGAAAUGUCUUUGACAAUUGGAAGGAUUUUCCUUAUUCUUGGUCUUUUCAAAACAAAAGUGAAAAAGUCAAAAACAAAAUUUAUAUAUGUGUGUUCAAAUUUUGACAUACGUAUAUAUAAAUUUGAAAAGAAUAACAGAUAAGACAUACUAGACUUCAGAUAGCGUAGUCAAUUUUUUUCUAGAACUAAGAACAAUGAUUCCAGGCUGUAUGAUAACUACUAUCUCUCUGAACAAUCGGUCUCAAAUUUUCCUGCACAUUUAAAUCCUGAGAACUUUAAAUUAGGUAAUAAUGAAUUACCUGCUUUCUAAGAGUUUGAUUCUAGUGUAUUACUAAUGUAGAGAGAACCACCAUGGAAGAGUUUCUAUGUAUAAAUAUUUCUAGACUCUUUAUUAUAGAGCUAAUAAAUAAAAAUCACUUGGAAUAACUUCCAGUAAUAUAUUUUGAAUGGUUCCCUUAGUAAUAGAAAGGACCACUGAGAAGUUUAGAUGAUACUUUGUUAAAGUGAUUGACCAUUGUAUACCAACUUAAUAAGGCAUACAAUGUUAUUUUAGUGGUAAAAUAAAAAUCCUCAACAUUUUGUGGGAAAUGGUGCUAAUAUAAUUGUGUAAAACUACUCGAAAUUCUCUUGUCACCCUAAUAGUAGAAGCUUUCCAAAACUGAGAUUAUAGUCACUUGAUAUAUACAAUUUAAAUAUUUAGAUUUAAAUAUUAUAAGUAGCAGUUAAUUUUGUUGUAUUGACAUGAUUCACUAAUUUUCUCCAUAUAAGUAUUUGGGCUUUUUAAAGUUAAUGAAUUGAAUUAUUUUUAAUGGAUUUUUAUG